AUCGAUGCUGAAAUCAUCGCGGAAAUCGCUCGUCAUGAAUUCCCGGCAUCCAGUCUCUGGAGAAUUCAUCUCACUGCGGGCAGAAUCUUGCCUGGAGACUCCUGUCUAUUCAUGGAUGACCCGAAUCGGUUCCCUACGUUUGAAUCCCUGCUUCCUCAUCUGCUCGCUUAUUUCUCUGUCCUCGCUUCAUGUGCGCGCUCCAGUGGGAAGCCUGACAUAUCAUUCACAUUAAUGAAUGGGAGUUACUCCUACACGGAAUCUCUUGUGGAAAUGACAACUCAAUUCAAAUGGUCGGACGUGCUCGGAUAUCAUAUUCAGUAUAUGAGCAAACGACAAGAUGAGAUGCGGCGAGGCAUUUACAGUGGAUGGGGUCCAAUAGAUUUAGACCUU